CGCCGCCGCCGCUACCUUCAUACCGAUCUCGUGUACAACAACCAAGAACAUAUUAUUAUUAUUAUUAUUAUUAUUAUUAUUAUUUAUCAUUAUUAUUAUUACUAUUAUUAUUAUUAUUGUCGCCAGCAGCGGCUAUUGUACCGAACGUACGGGUCGUGUGUGCGUGCAGUGUGUGUGGUGUGUACGGCGAUUGCCAUUCGAAAUUCACAUUGUUGUCGUCGCGACCGUAACGACAUUUUCCAGGCGAUUCAUCGUCGGCCGACACGUCCCCCUCGGUCCGUGCGAAUCGCGCAAAUCGCGUGUGUGUGUGUGUGCCUGGUGCCAUUCGCGUUGUGCAGACGGUAACGCGUUGCGCAUUAACACUUAUCAUCUAAAAUAUCGUUGGGCGCCGCGCGCCCGCCAGUAGUGCCAGACUCGUGCGGUCGUUUCACGUUGGAGGAUCGCCGAUGAUAACCGACCCGAAGACGGUGUACGGCACGCGACAGAUUUCGUGUCCGUAGAGACCGCUGUGCCGCACUAUGCAGUCCCACGGUGUAUGAGCGUUUAUCGAUCGAUCAUGCAACAACGGUCGUCACAACAGCUACUGUCGGAUGAUACUGGAGGAGGCGACGAAAACGCUUGGCACAAGUACGAGUAUGCUCCUUAACGGUUUGGAUGUCAACGUUCCAACGUAUUGAUCAUCGUUUUGUCCAAUCGUUCAAUUUGCAUUCACACCGCCGUGCCCCGUUACCGAACGGCACUGGAGCCUGGGCGCUUAGCGUGUGAUGAUCAAGGAAAAGCAGAGGGCAGAUAAAAAGUGUUUGUCGUCAAACAACGGUGGUGGGGGUCCUGGCGCCAGUGAUGAUAAUCAAAUGAUCAAGACGCCCGACAACAAUACCAGUGAUCUACAUCACGAUCUAGACAGCAUCAUUAUUAAGACUGAAGGAGACAUGACGGCGCUCAUCGACGGUGGCAACGGCGGUGACGUGACCGACGGCAAAGGCGGAGUGGGCGCCGGCAGUAACGCGUCUCCCGGAUCUUCGGGGGCCGAUCAAAAACCUCAGCUCAUGUCCAACGACAUGUGCCUCAGCCAAAUUAAACACGAGGACACGGGAAGUAAUAGUGGUAUCAAAGUGGAAGACAACUCUGGCAAUUCGACGGGGAAUGCGGGAGAAUCCGAUUUUGGUAUUAACAAUGCCGGCAACAAGCAAUCCAACGCUACGUCGGGAAGCAAUAUGGACGCGCAACAACAACAGCAGUACAUGCAACAGCAGAGUCAAAUAUUCGUCUUCUCCACCAGUCUGGCCAACAAGUCAGCCGAAGCCGUAUUGGCCGGCCAAUAUCCCACCAUUAUAGCGUAUCAUUGUGCUCAACCGCGAACGAAAAAGUUCCUCGAGAAACACCCUUUGAAAGUGAACCAGUUCAACCGCCAAAAUCCCGGCCAGUGGAUGAACAACGUGACGGCUUCCCAACAACAAGUCAAACAACAAAACAAAGGCAUGGCUCCGCACGGAGGCCAGGCCAAGUACGGCGCCAACACGCCUUAUUCGAGAAUGAUGAAAAACAACAACAGUCCUUCGGGUGGCGGUCCGAUGGAUAACCCUUCGAUGAUGCAACCCGGAGCCAGAAUGCCCAUGUGGAAUCAUCAGGGAAGUCAUAUGAACGAUUCCGGAUCUCCUCAACAACAACAACAGCAGCAGCAGAUGCAACACCCGUCCAACCAUAACAACAUGAUGGGUGGACCGAUGUGUGGCAGCAACAACGGCAUGAUGGGCAUGUCCAACCACGGGGGCGGCCCUGGACCGAUGGGUCCGGGUAUGAUGAUGAAUCAGCAAGGAAAUCUCUGUUCCAUGGGACCCGGUAGUGGCGGCGGAAUGCCCAUGAACGGAAUGGACAUGGGAAUGAUGGACCAUCACAGUCCGCACCACCCGAAUCAACACAACAUGAUGGACGGCGGCGGCCACAGGCAAAUGAUGGGCGGUGGUCCGCAUCAUCCGCACCACCCUCCUCCGCCUCACCAUCCGUCGGCCGCAAUGCAUCACCGCGGCGGUCCCGGCGGCAUGAGCGGCGGACCUCCGCACAUGCCCUCGCACGGUAUGCCUGACAUGAUGGGCAUGGGCGGCGAUCCCAGCAAGUGUCAGCCGUCGCCAAUGGACGGUCUGUUGGCCUCCUCGGGCGGCGGCCCUCCCGGAUCCGUGGGCUCUCCGGGCGGCCACAACUCGUUGGCCUCCAUGAUGCCUUCUCUGGCCGACUUCGACGACCCGAUAGGAAACGGCGGAGCGGCCGCCGCAGCCGCCGCGGCUCAUCACUCGCUGGCCGGCGUGCAAGUACCCGACGAAAAUCUCACUCCACAACAGAGGCAACACCGCGAGGAACAGCAGGCCACGUUGCGCAAACUCCAGCAAAUGCUGUUCCCCGAAAAUUCCGGCGGCCCGUCUCAACAGCCGCAGCAGCCGCCGGCCGUUUCUUCUUCCGGUGGUCCGUUGGACAACUGUUCCGGUGGCGGGGGCAUGGACGACCUGAUGCCCUCCAUCGACGACGACCUGGACGUGGACGCCGUGGUGACGGCCGCGGCGGCCAACAGUUCUGCGGACAUGCUGUUGCCGCCCAAGACGCCCACGUCGUGUACGCCCGACUGGCAAAAGUCCAUGUUCGGCGACGACGACAAAAAGAAAGACGGCGGCCGUUGCGGACCACCACCGUCUUACCACCAGACGGUCGCCCGUUCCGCCAGCGUGCCCAACGUGUCCGUGCCCAGUUGCAGUCCUAACUCGCCGUUGACCGGCGCCGGGACUGGCGUCACCAGUAACCUGUCGUUGCCGUCACCGCGCACGUGUUCCUCCAUGAAUUCACCGGCUGGCGGUCGACCGUCUUCCAACAUGAGUCCGACGGCCGUACGGUCGCCCAGCGGAAACGGGUCCAGGCUGCAGUCCAGCAAUCCCGGCACGCCUGUCCACAUGUCGCCCAGCAGCGGCGGCAACUCGUCCAAACCUAAGGGACCGAUGUCCAACGAGUUCUCGCCGUCGUCCAACACCAACACUCCCGGCCAACCCACCGGCGGCGGCCAACCGUCUCCUGGUUUGGUUGACGAUAUUUUUGAUGUUUCAGACUCUCUGUUUGGCCCGAACAAAUCGCAAAAACGCGGCGACGAACCCAACCUGAUGCCCGUGCCAUCGCCGCAACGCAUCCAAUACCUUAACACAUUCGACGGCCAAGAGCUGACCAUCCAAAAGCAGCCCAACACCGGUCUAAAAGAGUCUUCGUCCACGACCACCACCACGUCCACUAUGUCUCCUUCAAUAUCCUUACAAAACAACAUGGACAUGAUAAUGACCGAUUCGAACAUGAAGUCUUCGCAAGCGGUCACGCCGUCCAAUCACCAUUCACCGUCGUCCAUGGACUUGCCCGGCGGCGGCGGAAGUCGGUUUCCGGGUACUCCCAGUGAUUUUGCGUCGCCCAGUCCGUCGGCCAUGGACAAUAGCGGUCCGAACAACAAACCUGGCGGCGGCAGCAUGCAACAACAGAUGAGAAACGGCGGCGGCGGUUACGGUUGUCCGCCGAGCCCGCAACAGCAUAUGAUGAUGAACGACUCGAGGUAUCCGGGCGGCGGUUAUGGAGGCAACGGCGGCCCGCCUCAACCGCACAAGCCCGGCAUGAUGGGCAACGACCCAAAGGACUCUCCCCUGGGAUUCCCGCCCCGGCUCGGUCCCGGCGACAUGCCGCUCAACCCGUCUUCGGCCGUCCCGGGCCCACCGUCGGCGCCGGGCCUCCAGAACUCGCAACAACCCGGCAUGAAGCAUUUCGAUCCCAUAUCGUCGUUGGCCCAGAUGAACCAACAGUUAGCCAACAACGUGGCCGGCGGCGGCGCGUCGUCUCCGAUAAUCAACCACGGCGGCGGUGGCGGAAUGCCACCCAUGCACCAUCCUGGCGGUCCGGGACACCACCAUCCGGGCGGCAUGAUGUCACCGUUCGGCAACGCCGGCGGUCCGCCUAUGCACAUGAUGGGUAGCGGCGGCGGCGGUGGCAUGGGCGACCCGAUGUGCGGGCCCAUGGGAAUGGGCAGCGGCGGAGGAAUGCAAGACGGCGGUGGCAUGGGCGGUCCACCGGGCGGCGGCCGAAUGAUGUACGGUCCAGGUAUGGGACAAGGCCCGCCGCCCCCGGGUUCCGGCCCCGGCGGUAUGCCCAUGGGCGGCGGCGGUGGCGGAGGAGGUAUGCCCAUGAUGGGCAUGCCCCCGAUGGGCAGCCGAAACGGCGGCAUGAUGAUGAACUCUUGCGGCGGCCCACUGUCGCCUAAAUCCACGUCGAUGAUGCAACAACAACAGUACCAACAACAGCAACAACAGAGGCUGAUGCCCAGGAUACCUCCGGGCGGCGGUGGCCCUGGCGUCCAGUACAACGGUGGCGCGAACAUCCAAGUGAAACCGAGCGCGCCCAACACCAUACAGUAUUUGCCCAACAACUCGAGAGGAGGCGGCGGCCCUAGAGGCGCGCCUCCGCCUCCCCAGUCGCAACAACAGCAACAGCCCGGCAUGGACUUUUUGCAAAGGUUUUCGGGCGGUCCCGGCGGCGGCCCGGGAGGCGGCAAUCCGUUGUCCAAUCUGGACGGCAAAGUGCCCACGCACAACCUACAGUAUUUCCCCAACGCCGGCGGCUACAACGGAGGCGGUCCCCCCGGCGGCCUAAACGACAUGAUGUGCGGCCCGCCGGGCGGCGGCAUGGGUGGAAUGCCGCCCGGGCCACCCAACAACGGCCGACCAGGCAUGAUGCGCGGCGGCCCGGCCGGCAUGAUCCGGCUAGGCGGCGGCGGGCCCGGCGGAAUGGGAGGCGGCAUGGCCAACAACUACAAUCCCGGCGGCGGCGGACCGGACGGCAUGUUCGGUGGCGGGCCGCCUCAUCAUCACUCACAACAGCAGCAGCAGCAGCAGAUGAUGAUGAUGGGCGGCGGUGGAGGUGGACCGCCGCCUCAACAGCACAAAGGAGGCGGCUCGAUGAUGGCCGGGCCCGGACCGCCGCCGGACGCUACGCAGCCGUUGCCGCCGUCGAUGGGUGGCGGGGGCCCCGGGCCGGGGCCCGGACCUGGCGGGUUCCGUGGCGGUCCGGGCGGCGGCAACUCGUUCAUAGGGCCCACCACGGCCGACCCCAAUUACGCGCAGCAGUUUCACAAUUUCCAACAACAGUUGUACGCGACCAACACGCGCGGCGGCGGCGGGCCUGGAGGCGGCGGCGGCGGCCCACAACAACAACAGUUUUUCGUGUCCAAGUGAUAAGGACAUAAUAUUUCGCUUUCCAUAAUACGAGCAAUAAGAAAAAGAUGUGUCUUAUUAUAUUUUGUUACACUACUUGUAAAUAAUAUCUUUUGUAGCCGACUCUAACCGAGGUUUUCGCCUUAAUACAUUUUUAUGCUUUUUUUUGCCUUCCAAUAUUAUUAUUAAUAUCGUGUUGUUUUUAUAUUUAUUUAAUUUUUUUUUUAUUUUAACAACAGCAGACUGACGACAAUUUGAAUAAUGAUGAUUGAUUAUUGUGUUUUUUUUUGUAUUUAUUAGCAUUUAUAACAAAAACAUUUUACGGGGCAUAAAAUACUUACGGCCGCGGAUACGUACUAAAUAGAAUAUAUAAUUUUUUUUGUGUUUGUGUGUGUAAACGAUUAAACAUUUUUUUUUUAUUAUUAUUUAUAAUAAUAUUAUAUUUUAGAACUUGUAAUGUAUAUUGUAAAUAAUAUUAUAUUAGUUUUUAUUUGACCGUAAUAAUUUUUAACAACCAUCAUCAAUAUUUUGAGUACACCUAUUCAGUGAAAUUUGUAUUAUUGAUGCUAUGUAAAUAAACAAAAAAAACCUUGCGAGUAAAUUAAUACGUAAGUUUUGACUAUUCGAUUGACACUCGACGACGAUCGGAACGAUACGCAAUUUUUGUACUCUAAACAUAUUUUGGACGACUAACGAGCUAUAUUUUGAUAUAAUUAUUAUUAUUAAUAUUUUUUUUCCUUGUUUUACGAUCACUGUAUUAUCAAUAUAAUAAUUGUAUUACAAUAAAUAACAUGGCAGCAAUAAUGUGUAUUAGGUGAAGACUUUUUUUCAAUUUUAUUUAAAUUUUGUUUUGUACCGUGUAAAAAAUGUACGUGGCGCUUUAUUUUGGCUGAUAGCAAUUAUUUUGUAAUAUUAUUAUUAUUAUUAAUAUAACAAGUACAGUUUGUUUAUUUUUAGGCAAAGUCGUACACUCUGUAUUUCAUUUUUUUUUUUUCUAGCAAUUUUGUACGCUUCAACAACUGUUAUUAAAACAAAAUUUAGAAUGUUAAGAGAAUAAUAACAAUGAUUUAAACCUCGAUAGUGUAUUUUACAGUGAUUUAUUAAUAUUUUGUAAAAAUUUGACACUUAUUAAACGACGACGCACGAAUAAUAAAUAAUUAGCCGUACCUUAAUUGUCUAUCUAUAUUAAUUUUUAAAUAUAAUGAAAAUAUUUUUGUAAGACAACGCAAUUUCUAUCGAAACUACAAUCAUUUAAAACGGUUGUUUGAUAAAAAAAAAAAGGAAAUGAUUUUCAGACAAACGAUAAUGUGUAUUGUUGCGUUUGAGUCUUUUCUUAAGCAAAGUUAUAUUUUUUGAUAAAAAAAAUAGACACCUACUAUUUUUGUCUUGUCGCCAAUUUCUUAGACGGAUACCAAAUAAUUGUAAUUAAUUAACUAUUGAACUUUUUUACAAUUCUUUAGUUUUUAUGUAUAUUUAUGUAAGUAUGUAUGUGUAUAAAUAGAAUAUAAGACAAAUAUUGAACUAUUCAUUUAGUCGCUUCAAAGUAGGAUAAAUAUAAAAUGUGUAAAAAUAAACAAUCAUCCAUACGCAAGCUAUUAUUAUUUUU